AUGGCGCAAGAAAAGGUCGCCGGCGCCGGUGCGGUGCCAGCAGUCAGUCACAAUGAUCAUGACCAGGGAGACGCCAUCACGGCCAUGCAGAUCGAGCGCGGGAUGAGCGUGCGCGAUUCGCUUCGGUUCUGGCCCAAGGCGAUCAUCUUCUCGUUCAUCAUUUCUCUCGCCAUCAUUAUGGAGGGCUACGAUACCAACCUUAUGAGCAACUUCUACGUCUUCCCUGCCUUCCAGCAGCGCUACGGUGACCAGAUCAACAGCAAGGGUGAACCCAUCGUUUCGUCUCGGUGGCAGACCAUCAUCAACAAUGGUGUACAAGUCGGUUCGAUCAUCGGCCUCAUCCUGAACGGUUUCAUCACCGAAAGGCUGGGAUACAAGAAGACCAUGAUCGUCUCAAUGAUUGCCAUGAUCGGAGCCGUCUUCAUUCCGUUCUUCUCCAACGGACUGCCCAUGUUCCUUGCCGGUGCUCUGAUUCAGGGUAUUCCAUGGGGCAUUUUCCAAACGCUGGCGGUCACUUACGCCGCCGACAUCUGCCCGAUGGCUCUGAGAGGUUACAUGACAUCCUGGGUAAACAUGUGCUGGGUCAUUGGACAGCUCAUCAGCAGUGGAAUGCUCCGUGGACUGUUGCAGAUUGAAAACCAAUGGGGUUACCGUAUCCCCUUCGCGAUCCAAUGGGUCUGGCCUAUCCCCAUCAUCAUCGGCACAAUCUUCGCUCCCGAAAGCCCGUGGUGGCUCGUUCGCAAGGAACGCCUCGACGAAGCCAGAGAAGCAGUCCGCAAGCUUACAUCCCCUCAGAGCGGUGUCCACUUCGACCUGGACGCGCACAUCGAGAUGAUGCGCCUCACCAACCAGUUCGAGAUCGAGGUCAGCUCCGGCACCCACUACUGGGACUGCUUCCGCGGCGUCGACCUGCGACGCACCGAGAUCGCCUGCAUGGUCUGGCUGACCCAGUCCUUCUGCGGAGUGCCGUUCAUGGGAUACGGCGUGCAGUUCAUGCAGAACGCGGGUCUCAGCGCCGAGAACGGCUUCACCAUGGGCCUGGUGCAGAACUGCAUCGGCCUCAUCGGUUGCUUCAUCGCGUGGUACAUCAUGACCCAUAUCGGCCGCCGGACCCUGUACCUGGCCGGCUUGUCCGCCAUGGUCGUCAUCCUCAUCAUCAUCGGGGGCCUGGGUGUCGGGGAGCAGACGUCCGGCAAGUCCUGGGGCGUGGGCGCCCUCAUCGUGGUCAUGCUCUUCUUCUUCCAGCUCAGCGUCGGCCCGUCCUGCUACACCCUCGUGGCCGAGAUGCCUUCCACCCGGCUCCGCGUCAAGACCGUCGCCCUCGCCCGCGCGUUCUACAACUCGGGCGGCUUCAUCGUCAACGCUCUCCAGCCCAAGAUCAUCGGCACCGAGGACUGGGACUGGGGUGCCAAGGGCGGUUUCUUCUGGGCCGGCAUCGCGGCGCUGUUCCUGGCCUGGACUUUCUUCAGGCUGCCGGAGCCCUUCGGUCUGACGUACUCGGAGAUUGACCUGCUGUUUGAGCACCGCGUCAGUGCCCGUCACUUCUCGCAGGAGGCGGCUGAUUCUCUGCGCCCGCAGCUGGAGGAGGUUGCCAACCGCCAGGAGAAGGUGACCGCGGUUGUCAGCCAUCAGGAGGCUUAG